AUGUCAGUGAAAACACCACCACCACCAGCAAAGGCACCAGCAAAAGCAAAAUCACCAGCACCAGCAGCACCACAAGCACCAGCACGACCAGAACCAGCACCAACACCAACACCAACACCAGCAAAAGCACCAGUAGCACCGGCACCAGCACCACCACCGCAGUACCAGUACCAGCACCAACAGUACCAGUACCAGCACCACCAGCAGUACCAAUACCAGCACCACAAUUACCAGCAGCAGUACCAGUACCAGCACCAACACCACCAGCAGUACCAGUACCAGCACCAACACGACCAACAGUACCAGUACCAGCACCACCAGCAGUACCAAUACCAGCACCACCAUUACCAUUACCAGCACCAGUACCAGUACCAGCACCAGCACAACCACCACCACCACCACCAAUAA